UCUCCACACAAGAGCGCAUCAGUUUACUGUAGCAUCAGCACUGGAGAUGCACGCCGGUUGAAAGCUCAGCUGCGACUCUGCGAACACAGGCUCAAGCACAUUCUCACUGUGGAAAACCAAAACAACAUGUUCUGCAACUCUUCCUUCAGCCCUUGAUAUUCUCCGCAAUGUGCUUCCAUCUGGAUUAAGUUUUCGUGUCAUUUCGAGGGUCGCUGUGGGGAAACAUGAGGAUAACAGUCGCUUCCCGUGGAUGAUGAUGUCCCACAAUGAACGCAGAUUUUCAAAAUCCACUGCAAGUCCCUCAACCAAAGGUCCGCAGUCAUCUGACCAUCAAAGUGCAAUCCAAACAGAUGUCCAGGCCGCGUCCCCCCGUCCAUGGUCCAAAACCUCCUGUCGCCCCCAAGCCCAGACAUGUGUAUGAGCCUCACAACCAUGGGGAGCCUUGCGUCCCCCAGAGCCUGAGUAACGGAGACCUGUCUCACUCAGAUGGAGAGGCAGAUGAUUUACAUGAAAUGGCUGAGGAGAAUCGGGACAAAGAAGAGAAAAGUGAGGCAGAGGAUAGGGUUAAUGACAAUGGCAUAGGACACAAUGACAAAGAGGACAGAGCAGAAGGAGAAACUGAAAAGGAAACAGAAAAAGAUGUUGACGUAUUAGAUAAUGACGGUGACAGCAUUGGCUCAGAGGACACAGUCAAAGCAGACGAUGGUUCGACUUUUGACACUACUGAGGACAAAAAAACUGACAAUGACUUUCAUCAGCCUGAAGGUGGCAAUCACACUGAUGAUGAGGAAACAUCAACAUCUUCACUUCCUCCUGCUGACAUGGAGGAUGAAACAGGAGAGGACAGAGUUGUUGUAAAAAAGACUAAAAUACAUUGCACCUCUACAGGACACUCAGAUGAACAUGUAGAGGAAGACAACCUUGAUCAACCACAAUCACUCAGUCAGGGUAAUGAGGACUAUGAUACUGGAGUUAAUGAAGUGGACAGUGGACAAUGUGAGGACUGUGUGCAUUGUCCAGACGACACUGAGCUUGAAGCUGGAGGAUUUGCGUUUGGGUUCAGCGUGCUUCCUACUGUUACUGAAGAGUAUCCCUAUGAUGUGAUUGGCCCCACAGAUGAUGCUAGUGAUACAUGUGAGUCAUGUGACCCAGCUGAAACUGGAGAUGCAGAGGUAUGGCAACCAGAACGGGCCACCAAGGACCUCUCUGGCUGCUUUCGAUUCACGUCCAGCACUGAGGAUGUGUUUGGGCCUUAUUCUGUCAUUGAAGCCGUUCCAGCAGAUAUGGGCGACACCGCUGACCCUGAGUGGAGUCAGGAUGACAUUGAUGACAAACCUUCAAAUGAAAUGCAGACAACAGAUUCUUCUCACCAGGAACCUUAUUAUGUGUCAUCAGAUGAUGUGGACAAGCCAGACCAUAAGCAAGCCUUCUCAGACCAGGGUGAGAAUGAGGAGGACACUGAACAUUCGAAUCAGCACAAAGACAACGCAAAGGACAGUGAGUCAGCAGAUGAGUAUGCGGACAUUGAUGACUCUCUCUGCCCUAAAACAGAUGACUUUGAGCAGUGUGCGUCAUCGGAGGAUUAUGUCGAGAUAGGUGAUGAAGACGAAGAGGAAGAAAUGGAAAAGAAACAUAUCAAAGGGAAAAGUGCAAAAGAGAGAACAGCUAAACGAGAGCAGGCUUUCCUCAGCAAGCGAGCAAGCUGCCAGCCUCGCCUCAGGUUGUGCAACAUCACAGUGCCAGCGGACUUAGACCUGGGCCGCACUCCAGAGCUCACCAACAGGGUGGUGUUUGCCCACACCACUGAAGCCUUUGAAGAAGACAUUGAGGAACUGGACUGCCAUAUUGUGCCUUACUAUGAAGACACAGACUCAGACAGUGAAGAACAUAUAUACGAAGAGGCAGGGUUUGACUCAGAAGGAGAGAACUUUGUGACACUUGAUCGGAAGGCUAUCGUCACACGGUCCCGCUCUUACUCUGGCAAAGUUCCAGGUUAUGUCCCAGAAACUGUGCCAGAGGAGACAGGGACAGAGUACCAGACUAAUGAGUACUGCACAGUGGCCUUGGAUAAGACCAGUGAACCACUUGGCAAUUCACAGCAGUCUGGGGUCAAUUGUGUGAUCCCGUCUAUGAAGUCUCGUCGCUUCUUGUUAUAUUCUCGGUCUGCAGAGGGUCCAGAAUUUUCCUUGACAUCUCCCACAGAGAUCAACCAAUCCCUGAGGGAUGACACCAGGAUGAAGAGGACAGGUGAUACACAUUCACUCCCAUGUGUCAUAACCUCUUCUGGAAGUUUCUCCCAACGUAGCCAUCAAUCAUCCAGUGGUGUUUCCACACCAACCUCUCUAGUGGACAUCCCACCACCCUUUGAGCUGGCAUAUAUUACUAAAAGACCAGUCACCAAGAGUUCCCCAUCUCUUCUGAUCCAGCAUGAACCCAGUGACAUACCUAAGAAGAAGAAGUCCUCCUUCAAGCGCUUUUUGGCGCUUAAGUUCAAGCGAAAGACAGAUUCGAAGGGUUUCAGUGAUGGAAGUGUACGUUCUUCACGUUCUUCCUCUGAGUCCAGCCACCAUGGGCCAUUAAGAGUAAUAGAGCUUGAGUGCAGAAGCACUGGCAGCUCCCCUCAGCUUCAGUCCCGUAUAGUGAACCCCCAGCAGCGUCCUUUAGACCUGCCAUUCUCCUUUGUCCACCACCAGAGGAGGAAAUCUUAUGGCAGGGGUGUCUCCAGAGUAGAGUCCUUCGAGGAGCGUUCUCGGCGCUCUGCCAUGCCUCUGCCUCUGACCAAACCUCGUUCCAUCUCCUUCCCCAGUGCAGACACCUCAGACUAUGAAAACAUACCAGCCAUGAGCUCAGACUAUGAGAACAUCCAGAUCCCAGGCAGACCCAUCAGGUCCCACACUGUGACUGAAUUUUUUGAGGACCCAAACCGCACUACUGUCCCCUGCAAUGAGAAUGAUGGCUAUGUGGAUAUGAACAGUUUCCCUGGGAUUGACAGCAAACCCCAGACAUCACAAGCAGACAACGAAAGUGCCUACACUGAGCCUUUCCCAAUGAACCCCGCCCCCUCUGGGCUGUCAGCAGACGAGGACCAUGGGCGUACCUCAGAGGAAGAGGAGGGGGUUGGGGAGCAGAAUUAUGACCGACAGAUUGAUGGCCGAUCCCGAGCCUUCUACGUCGCCAAAGAGCUGGUCGACUCAGAGAGACUACAUGUCAAAGCCCUCAAGUACCUUCAGGAGGACUUCAGAUCAGCAGUGAUAGAGGCAGAGGGGGAGGAAGUGGAGCCAGUACUGGAGGAGCAGAGGUUAGGAGAGAUAUUGGGGGUGCUCCCCCAGGUCUACACCCUCCACAGCACCAUCCUCACUGAGCUGGAGGAGCGCAUCAGUCACUGGGAGGAGAGCCAAAGGGUAGUAGAUGUGAUUCUGUCACGUCAGGAGGACUUCAGGGUGUUUGACACCUAUAUCUCAGAGUAUGAUCGCAGCAUGUCUUUACUGGAGGAGAGCUGCAGAAACAACCUGGCCUUCGCUGGCAUCGUCAAGAAAUUUGAGAAAAGAAGCCCAGAAGAAGCUGAAGUCCCACUGAAACACCAGCUGCUGCAGGUUAUAGUGAGAGUACUUCAAUAUCGAAUGCUGCUCACAGAUUACCUGAACAACCUCUCUCCUGACUCUAAAGAAUACGAGGACACACAAGCUGCCUUGGUGAUCGUGUCCGAGGUGGCAGACCAGGCCAAUGACAAUCUGAAACAAGGGGAGAACCUGCUGCGUCUGGUCCACAUAGAGUACAGCAUCAAGGGCAAGAGGGACCUCCUGAAGCCCGGAAGGAUGUUUGUCAAAGAGGGCACACUCAUGAAGGUCUCGAAGAAAAGCAGGCAGCCUCGACACCUGUUUCUGAUGAACAAUAUAAUGCUGUACACCUACCCUCAGCAAGACGGAAAAUACAGGCUCAAGAACACACUGUCUCUGUCAGGGAUGAAGGUGAGCAAACCUGUCCUCGACAACGUGCUCAAUUGUCUUAGGAUCGAGGUGUCUGACAUCACUAUUACGCUCUCAGCCAGUUCAGUUGGUGAGAGGGAGGACUGGUUCCACACAUUGAGUCGAGCCAUAGCAGACCAUGCUGCAGGACUCUGUACGUUUGGUGGGCCCUGCAGUGAGGCCCGUGAGAAGUUGUGGAUGGCGCUGGGGGAGGCUGCUCCUGUACUGGUGCCAGUUUCUCAUGUGAUGAUGUGCAUGAACUGUACAUCUGACUUCAGCCUCACGCUCAGACGACACCACUGCAACGCCUGUGGCAAGGUGGUGUGCCGUGCUUGUUCCAGGAACAGAUAUCCACUCAAGUACCUCAAAAACAGGGUGGCCAAAGUGUGUGACCACUGCUAUGCCGAACUCAGGAAAAGAGGUGGCAGCGUGUCCGGGGCAUGCAGUAACUCCAGCCCGCGGACUCACCGGGCCAGCCGUCCCCUCUCUGCUGUCUUCCAGAGCCUGCAGCCCCCGAGUUUGUGGAAGAGCAGGAAGAGUAGCUCCCCUCUGAACCAGGGUGGGCUUGCUGUUGAAGGCUCCACCAUGAGCGGCAGCCUUCAGCGCCGGAAGAAGAGCAAGAGGAAGUGGAAGCGGCUGUGGUUUCUCCUCAAAGACAAGGUGCUCUACACCUUCACAGCCCGUGAGGAUAAAGUGGCUUCAGAGACUCUACCUCUGCAGGGGUUCACCGUCAAGCUGACUGAGCGGCCAGAGGGAGAGGAAAGCAGUAACGUGUUCCACCUCUACCACAAAAAAACCCUGUACUACACCUUCAGAGCCGAUGAUCAACACACUGCCCGCAGAUGGGUCAAUGCCAUGGAGGAGGCUACUGUUUUAUAGCACCUGCUAGAACUCCUCUGAGGAACACAACAUAGCUACCUGCUGCAUCUAAACUCACAUCAUCAGUAAGGAUUCAUCACAUCUGACCUGGAAUAUUAUGUGUCAACACCAGGGGAAUCAACUCUAGACAAGGCUGCCACCCAGUGGUGUCAGAGGGGCACCACAACGUGAAAAGAAGAGGUGUAAGUGGAAGAAGCCCUCACUGUUCAGGAGCAACGCCUGUUCUAAAAGCAACAUUUUGUUCUCUCUGUUUCAAUUUUUUACGAGGAAACAUCCCACAAAAGAGUUUUCCAAGUAAACUUUUUUAACUUUGCUGUGUUUUGGUGCCUUUUCUUCUGAGGUUCCACUGGAUUGUUAGACCACUCUUUUGCUUCUGCAGGAGAACAUCACAUCCCUCCUUCUUUUUACUACAAGAGACGCUUACGGCCUGCGUUCUGUGAUGGAUGUCAACAUCACUUUGCAGAAUUAUCCCAAACUAACUUUGCUCCAUAGUAGUAUUCUCAGCUAGUAAAAGGGAAAAUAUUGGUGACCUUUUUAGAGAGAUAUUUGGUAUUCUGAAUAUAUAUUGUGAAGUGUACACUGCUGAUAUUAAAGUGAACUAUAUGAUUUGUUUGUAUAGAAAUGGUGUCACAUGAUGUUCUGAGUAAGAGAUCGUUUUAAUCAUCACAGUGUGUGUACAUUAUAUUUCUUGUGGAGUGUUACUCUUGUAUUGAACCCAUAGAGCUAUGACAUGAAAACCAAUCAGACGCAUUUCUAAACAGACAAACACAUCUGAGGACACCUUGUAUUUGAAUCUGUUGGUUCGUCGUAAAAGUUUUGAAGUGCCAGUUGAUUUCUGCCAAUUGAACGCAGUGCAAUUUGCAACUGAUGAUGAAUGUGCCUGAGAUGAUGAGAUUUACUCCUUGUUCGUCUUUUUUGUUAUCACAGUACUGUACUGCUGUCAUGUCUCCAGAAGAGACCUUGAUAAUAUUUGGGUUUUUAAAAAAAAAAAAAAAAAAAAGUACUCUUAUAGACUCUGAUCUUCCAGUAUUUUGAACAGUUUGGUUGAAGAUAAGGAUAUACUAAUGUGCCACUUUUAGUAAUGUGUUUUUCAUGUUGUGUAUAUGCUUCUGGGUAAAAGCAUACUUCAGCCACAAGGACUUAAUGGAACCUGCUGAAAAAGGCCACUGUCAUACUACCUACAAACGGUCAGUGUUAGACUCGUCUGAGCCGCUCAUGUCUUUAGCAGUAGGAAGGACACUGGAGUUUUACGCUUCUGUUUUCACAUAAUCGGACUACAUAAUUUCUCUUAGCUAACCUACCUAAAGGCGCCAUGUGACUUAUCAGCCUGUCAAACUGCAUCAUUUCCAAGACACACGUGUUUUUUUCCCCAUCAAGUACUGUUCAGCUUUUCUACCGGCUUCCCGCGUGCCAUACCUAUAGUGUUACAAUGGAUUGUACCUCUUGCAUAUAGUGCAUUGUAAAUGUUUAUGUAUAUAGACACAUAUAGAAAUAAACUCCUUUAAAAACUUUGCUUGAUGUGCUCUCACAGUGCAGAGCUGUGCUGCCUCCGUUUAGACAUGAAUCUGUUUUAUUUAUUGUAAAACAUGGACCCAUUUAAAAAAAAACUGAGAGGUUCACUCGUAUGGUAAACUUAGGGCCAUGACUUGUAUAAUACAUGCAUUUAAUGAUAAGAUGUUCACAUUUUUGUCUUUCUACUAAGCCUCUCCAAGUAUAUAAGGAGGCAGAAUUAACCGAGCAGUUGUAAUUUUGAGCCUCACAAAAGCAGUGCGUAUUGUAUGGUAGUUGUGAUGAUUCGAAGUGAUUUGUACAGGUGUUCAAAUUGUGCUUAUUCCCUGUGAUUGAUAAAGACUAGGAAAAUGUUAAA